AUGAUUUCCGCACUCUCGACACCCGAGGCGUGUGUCUGCCCGGACGGUACCUUCUACCAAAUCUCAACAACUUAUGCCGUCUUUCUCGCUGAUACCGGGGAUCUGACGGAGCUCAUCUCUAACUUCACCGAUACAGCCUGGCAGGGUGCCAGUCCGGCCCGAGUCGGCGGCAAUGCUACCAACCCGACUCGAAUACUCCAGGGCGAGAAUGGGGCUCCGAUCGCCACCACCGAGCUGUUGACUGAGUUUGUUGACUACUCGGGCGGGGAGUACCUCUCGCACAAACGACUGAGGAAGGGUUUCUUCGAGCGGUUUGAGUUAAUCGACGUACCGAUCCAUUAUACUGGGGAGAGCGGGCCCGGAAUCGUUGGUGGUGCGUGGGAUACCAUAGAUGUCCGCAAGAUCAGCGAUGGCAAAACACUCUGGGUUUGGGGCAUCUACGCUUGCAUGUCUUCGGCUUGGGACUUCCGUAUGAUCCAUCAGUCGCUCAUGCAAAACAUCAACAGUGCCUUGGAGAAAGAGGGAAAGCUCCGAGGGGAGACGAUCGGACCAUUCUCUGUGUAA